AUGUGCCUCCCCGGUGGUCGCCCUGCCUUUUUCCAGUUCGUGACGCCAAUGAUUGUAAUGUCUGAGGUUAAUGCAAUCGUCCACCUUAAGAAUGGUCUAGAUUUCCGGUGGCAAGAGGAGGUCAUGCUGUUCAAUCCAUUCGAUCGAGAUAUGCUCCUGUAUGGAAGCACCGUUCACCCGUCUGACCAGCUGCUUGAACCUCAGCUCGUUUUUGAAGCGCAAGCUCGUGUGUCCCGGCAUCUUCGUUCAACUUAUCCACAGCCGCUGCCUUGUGUGUCGCACGGAGCCCAUGGUGGUGGAUAUACUCCUGGCGCGACCACCGCUGUAUGUAGCAACUCUCGUCUAGCGUUCACGCACCAUCAUCUACAACCCGUAUCGCCUUCUCAAAGCCCUCUCUCGGGCCAGUCAAGCGGUCUUCCGACUCCAUCUGAGUCCUUCCACCGCCAACCGUCUUUCAGACAGAUACAAACCCAGAUCAGCACGCAGGAAAAUCAGCCAACUAUGGCGUAUUCCGGCCAUCAGCAGCAGGGUCUUGUCUAUCAAGAAGGGAGUGGCCAUAGACAGCGGAAUGGAAUAAUGCAACCCAAGAUGAUUAAGCCCGUAUCUAAUCCACCCUUAUCGCCCCGGAAUAGCUCAAAAACAAAUGAAGAAGCUGAGAAAGAGAUUCCAGUUAGCCUAAAGGGCUCGAAGCACUACUUCGAGCCUAGAACGGUUUACCAACGGUACAAUCCAACGCUAUACCAGAAACCUGGUUACAAUUUUACCGAUAGCGACACCAAGAUGCGCUAUCGCGACUAUGCCGGCCGUAUCUCGUUUAAGACUCGGUCGGAUUGCUACCUUCAUCACCACGAUGGUUACCUUCGCAAUAUAUGUGUUGCGGCUACCGAUGAUAUAUUCGAGGGUCCAGGAACUUCAACCUGGAAGAGGACUUAUAUUCGUAAGGUCGGUCCUAUGAAGGUCCGCAUUGCAACCUGGGUUUUUGACUUUAGUUACGACCCUGAGAGCUGGAAGGACUGGGGUAUUAUGGUCUUAAGAGCCCUCCCUGCUGGGAUUGCCAUGACCAUUUGUUUCCUGGGUGGGCGCAAGGUUAUGCGGCGACACCUCUUUUAUGCCCCAGUUCUGUACAAGUUCUACGGCGACGCCAAGGUAUGGAGCAACUUACUUGAGAACCAGAAGAGCCUUUCCCUCAUGGCUCAGAACAACCAAGUCUAUCACAUGCUGCGACCUCGAUAUUUGUGCUUUCUUCGUGAGCCAUUCAAUAAUGAGAACAGAGGAAUCGACGUCCAUAACGUCGCCGAGUGGGAACAUAACGUAGAUGAUCAAGAUGUCAGCCUUGAUUAUCUAUUCGUGGCUUACUCGGCUGAACACUUCAGCCAUGACUCGGACCAGGAUAUGAAUGCCCUUCACCACAUUGCUGAGACAGCCUGCCGGGCUGCGAAGCUGCCCGCGUAUUGGAUCGCCUGCAGCUGCAUGUGCGAUGAGAAUGAGGUAGAAUCAGAUGUUUAUCGUAUCUCUGACGUUCUCCGUGGAGCGAGAAGGAUGGUGAUUGCCGUUGGGCGUGGUAAGUCUGCGGUAUCAGGAGGCAAGACCACUACCCAACAUCUCCUUCGUGAAUGGGGUGGCCGAAUGUGGACAUUCCCUGAGGUUCUUCUCAGCCCCGGCCGUACUAUUUCGGUCUAUACUCGUGGCAGCGACCUCCAGUCACCGCUGGUAGUUGCAAAAAACCAGUUCGCUGCCCAAGUAUGGACAUAUAUGGAUCCAGAUGUCGCGCGCCACUUGAUUGACCACUACCUGGGAACUAUCAGUCUGAGCCGUCUAGAGCUGGCUGUGCUGGCGUUGAAGUGUUUAUAUAGUCGGCUCACUACAGAAUAUCUUCCUGGUGAUCACGCAUAUGCCCUUAUGGGUCUUUUGAGAUUGCGACCCCAGAUCGACUGCACUGACACAGACUUCCAGGCCUUCUCUAGAUUAUCUCUAGCUAAUGACUCUGACAGACUCAUUGAGCGCUAUAUCUGCACUCUCCCCAUAGAUGAGAAGCAGCAAUGGUUUGAUAUGGAGGAUACUUAUCAGUCGUCGCUCUGGGAUAUUGUGCCCUAUUGCCAAGUUGCAGGCAUUGCAGAAAAUGACACUAUCAUCAUUGAUGGCGCUUGGGGUGUUUCGAUCUCUUGGGACGCCUUCUACCCCGUCUACUGGUCUACUGGUCCUGCAUUGAAGCGCUCGCUUGCCGAUUAUGCCGUUCAGUUGAAUGGAGUGUUGCUCAUUACUGCCAUCAGUUUUCUCGCCGGUGGCGCAGCGUCCAAGCAAGGCGGCCUAAUCGCCGUUGGUGUCAUCUUCCUUCUCCUGUUCCUUUGGGUCUUGGUCAUAACACCGAGCCUGGUGCGAGUUAUGUAUAGUGGCAAGUUUGCCGACACUCAAGCCGAGAUGUUCGGCUUUGAAGGCCAUCUUAACGCUUCGACUAUUGAGAGAGCGAUCUUUGGUGGUAACUUUGGGCGAUUCUGCUGGAGCACUAACGGAAGUCCCCUGAGUCGAAGCGUCGUUAAUGAGUUUGGUGAGCGUCUCGGCAUCGACCCUUGCAAGGACCCUGAGGUGCGAAUGAAAGUUGAGGUGGCAAAGCAAGCCCGUCCAGGACAGAAAAGAAUCUUCACCCUCGUUGACACCUACAACAUGGAGUUGACGAUGUUUGAGGCCGUUAGGCCACCUGUAACGCUCAUGUUCUGUGCUUCAGAAAGUGGCAUGCAGCGAGCUAUCGGGUGCUCUUAUGAAUGGGAGACAUCCACGAUGUACCGAGAGACGGUGUUGAGAAUGCCCACUACCGCUCUCAACCGCAUGGGUCGAGUUCCCCGGUUUCGACUGGGUAUUAAGCGACCUGUUUAUCCUUCUGUUCCGCUCGAUGGAGCUGUAUGA